AGAUAGAAAGUAUUUCUUUCUGCUUUUUCCACCACCAUUUUGUAUAUUGAACACCAUCACGGGAAAGCAGAUAUAAGAAGGUUUGCACGACAGCUGAGAAUAGAGAAGGAAGGAGACGGGAAAAAAAUGGCGCAAAUUCCCAAUCUUGACAAUGCUCCAAUAAACCUCACCUCCAUAAGAGACCAAUCGCAGAAGGAGCUCAUGAUGAUUUUGAAGAACAUUCGAGGGCAGAAGUGUUUAGUUAUUGAUCCUAAGCUCAGUGGUUCCCUCUCACUUAUUGUGCAGAGCUCAAUACUCAAGGAGCUCGGGGCUGAAUUGCGGCACCUUACAAGUGACCCAAUCCAGACAGACUGUACUAAAAUUGUUUAUCUCGUUCGAGCUCAGCUUGGCUUGAUGAAGAGUAUUUGCUCAGACAUUCAUAAUGAUGCUUCCAAGGGGAUUCAAAGAGAGUAUUUUUUGUAUUUUGUUCCUCACCGUGCAGUUGUAUGUGAGAAGGUACUCGAGGAAGAGAAAGUCCAUCACUUAUUGACGAUAGGCGAGUAUCCCUUGUAUCUACUUCCUCUGGAUGAAGAUGUUUUGUCUUUUGAACUCGAUACGGCAUACAGAGAAUUCACAGUUGAUGGAGACUCAACCUCUCUUUGGCAUAUAGCAAAAGCCAUUCACAAGCUUGAGUGUUCCUUUGGUGUAAUACCAAAUGUGAGAGCCAAAGGGAAAGCAUCUGUCCGUGUUGCUGACAUUUUAGAUAGGAUGCAAGAUGAAGAACCAGUGAACAUCACCGAUGUUGUUGUGCCAGAUAUUAACACUCUCAUCCUCAUUGACAGAGAGGUGGACAUGGUUACACCUAUGUGUUCCCAGUUAACAUAUGAAGGGCUAAUGGAUGAGUUUCUUGGUAUCAAUAAUGGUGCUGUGGAGGUAGAUUCUUCUAUAAUGGGUGCCCAGCAAGAGGGGAAGAAAAUGAAGGUUCCUCUAAAUUCUAGUGACAAACUAUUCAAAGAGAUACGGGAUCAGAACUUCGAAGUUGUUGGUCAGGUUUUACGUCAAAGAGCAACAGCUAUGAAACAAGAUUACAAUGAGAUGCAAACAACUAACCAAACUGUUUCUGAAUUGAAAGACUUCGUUAAAAAACUCAACUCAUUGCCUGAAAUGACAAGGCAUAUACAUCUUGCUCAGCAUUUGAAUAAAUUUACAUCUAAGCCUUCAUUUCUUGGGCGGCUAGAUAUGGAACAUACUAUUGUGGAGUCCGAAAGUUACGAUAUAUGCUUUGAGUACAUUGAAGAGAUGAUCCAUAAACAGGAACCUCUUGUCAAUGUUUUACGCAUUCUCAUAUUAUUCUCGAUCACAAAUUCUGGAUUACCAAAGAAGAAUUAUGACUACUUAAGGCGAGAGCUACUUCACAGCUAUGGUUUUGAGCACAUUGCUACAUUAAACAAUUUGGAAAAGGCGGGAUUGUUCAGGAAGCAGGAGUCAAAAAGCAACUGGAUAACAAUUAAAUGUGCUCUUCAGCUUAUUGUUGAGGAUACUGACGCUGCCAACCCCAGAGAUAUUUCCUAUGUCUUUUCUGGAUAUGCACCUCUCAGCAUUCGCCUGGUUCAGCAUGCCAUCCGAUCUGGGUGGCGUCCCAUUGAAGAAAUAUUAAGAUUGCUGCCAGGGCCCCAUUCAGAUAGCAAGAGGAGUGGGUUUGCAAGCAAUCCGUCCUUUGACAGUCUGCCAGGGUCCAUAGAUUACUCUAACAAAAUAGGUGAUGGAAGGCGGUCCUUGGUGCUUGUUGUUUUUAUUGGUGGGGUGACCUUUUCCGAGAUUAAUUCUCUUCGAUUCCUGAGUUCCCAGGAGGGGAUGCCAUAUGAUUUGAUUGUAUUGACUACAAAAAUAGUUAAUGGGCACACAUUGACAGAAACAUUCAUGCAGAAACUGGGCUAACUGGUAAAUAUCUACUCCCCCCUAACAGCCAUGAAAGAAGAGACUUUUUACUUGUUAGUGUGGCUUCUUUUGUUGUUUGAUGACAUUGUUCUAGUGCAAAAAAACUCCAAAAUAUCUAGAAUGCAAAAAAACUUCACUGCACGCUGCCACUGCCCACAAAUUAAACCAAAGUACCUAAGGUGCAUAAAACUCCAUAGUAUCAAAGGUGAAAAAAUUUCCAAAGUAUAAUUUUGAUUAUCCAAGAGAUAUAAAUCAAAUAAUGUUAUAAUUAGUAUAAAUCUAAUUAUUUAAAGUGCCUUACAGCCCUUAGUUACGGACUUACGGCCUCCCCCAACCUGCCACGCCGCCGCCCGCCGGCCACCUCCUCCAGUCGGCGAGUCUUCCGGUGUCUUCCCGCACGCCACCGCAAACAAAACAGAGGAAAAUUU